AUGAUAUCCUGGCUCCUUCUGGGUCUGUUCCUGGUCGGGGCACACCGAGACUCUCGGCACUUUGCCGUUCAACUCGACGACGAAAUCGAGGAGUCUCCAUCUUCACCUGCGAUUCUGGCUUCGCCUGAGAACGUCUCCAGCGUGUUGGCGUCCGUCAAUGCAGCAGAGCCCAUGCGAGUGCAUCUCUUGGCAGGCGUCUACCAAAACGUUACAUUUACUCUGCCACCCGAUGCCAAUCUGGAGUUGCAGGGUGAGCCGGGCACGAAGGUGGAGGAUUUGUAUGUGAAAGGGUACACCGACGAGACACCAAGGCAGGGCAUGUUGAACAGCAUGGUCAUCGGUUCUGUAAUUUCCUUCCGGACCCUGGCUACAUCCUAUGCUAGGGCUGAAGGAGCUUCAUGCGAAGCCCUCAGACUUCAUUGA